AUGACAUAUGAUGAAGAAAUCGAAAAUACUCGAAAUAUUUAUAUAUCAAAACCGAUUCGAUGUAUUGCAUUAGCAUUAGCAUUAACCUAUUAUUUUCGACUUCCAACACAAGAUGAUAAUGAACAACGACGUGAUAAUAAAACACCAACUCGUGAAAAACUUGCUGAAAUUCUCUCUCAAUAUAUAUCGGAUUUUGUUUUUAUAAUUCAAAAUGAACUUGAAAGAUUUGUUAAUACUAAUCAUUUCAUGAUUCCACAUAGUGUAGCUGUCAAUCAAGCCAUUCGUGAACAUAUCUUCUCAAUUGUUGUUUGUAUUUGUACUCGAACACCAUUGUGUAUUAUCGGUGCACCAGGUCAAUCGAAAACACUUUCAUUUCAAAUUGUUUUACAAAAUCUUCAAGGUUCACAAUUAUCGACAAAAAAAUUUUGUAAACGUUUGCCAAGUAUCGAUCCAUUCUUUUGUCUUGGAUCGAAAUAUACUCGUUCAGAAGAUAUUGCAUAUGUAUUUGAACGAGCCAUUAAGCGUGAACAACACUAUGAACAAAAUCGAAUAAAUACACGAUGUGUUGUUUUCUUAGAUGAAGCAUCAUUACCUAAUGAAAAGAAAAUGGUCUUGAAAGUUUUACAUCCUUAUCUUGAUGAAUGUCGAGUUGCUUUUGUAGCCGUAGCUAAUAAAGCAUUCGAUGCUGCCAAUGCUAAUCGAAUGGUUUGCAUCUAUCGAUCGUUGCCAUCGGAAGAGGAUCAACAAGUAUUGGCCUAUGGUUGUCUCGGUCUUGAAAUUAAUCCACAACAAAGUCGAUAUGCUACGACUCGUCUCGAAAAGAUUAUUUCAGGACUUUGUCAAGGUUAUCGUUGUAUACUUACUUGUCCACAUAUUCCGAAAAUUUUUCAUGAUCGAGAUUUUAUUUAUAUGCUACGAGAAUUACGCUUCGAUUUACCAACAACAUCAGACGAUCAAACAACAGCUAUUAGUGGAAUUACACCAAUUAGUUUAUUACAUGCACUUGAAGACAAUUUCAAUGGAAUAGAUAAAGUUGAAUUUAAAGAAUUAGUUAAAAUCUUUUUCACAUCUGUUCAAGAACAGUGUUCUGAUUUUCAAUUACCUUUAGAAGAAGAAAAUCAUCAAAUUUAUCGUAAUAUUCCAUCUAUUCUUCGUGAAUCUAUGAAACUCGAUUCGAUUCGUCGUCGUUUAUAUGGUCGAUAUAAAUUAAUUGUUGAUGAGUCUGAAGAUGAGAGUGCAAUGAAUUUAUUAUUACAAUUAAAUAUUCUUAAUUUUGAUUCUAAUCGAACGAAUAUAUUUCGAAUGUCGGAUUUUGCCGGUGAUUUGAAUAAUGAAUUACGAAAUGUUGAAAUUUUAUCAAUAAUUAAACUUUGUAUGGAAACAGGAAAAACAAUUUUAAUGGUUAAUACAGGACGAAUUCAUGGUUCACUUUAUGAUGUAUUUAAUCAAAAUUUUUCAAUUAUGGCAACAGGUGAUACACGAAAAAUUUUCUCGAAAGUAGCCAUUGGUCCAAAAACGAUUGAUGUUGUUGUUCAUGAAGAUUUUCAAUGCAUUGUUCAUAUUAAACGAAGUGAAUUCAAAGAAAUACCUGCUCCAUUUCUUAGUCGUUUUCAAAAAUAUUCAUUGAGUAUCAACGAUUUCUAUAAUAUUCAAUUACAAAAAUUACCUCAAAAUGAACAAAUUCUUUUGAAAACAAUUGAGCAAAAAGCAUCAACAUUUAUUCAACAUUUCGGACGACAAUAUUUCUAUGGAUUUAAUGAAAAUACACUUUAUUCGUUUCUUUUAUCAUUAAUAAAAGCCAAUGAAAAUGGUGAUCAUUAUCUAUUGAGUCCAAAUCAAUAUUAUUCACAAUUAACAAUCAAAUCAAAAUCUUUUAUUGAACAGAAUCCUGCCGAUAUUAAUCAAUGUUGGUUACGUUCGAUAUUGUCGAAAUUGAUGCAACUUGUUUCACCUGAAUCAAUUAUAUUGAAAUUGCCAACAUUUGAUGGUAAUAUGGCACGAUGGUUAUGUACGAAUUAUUUUCAUCAACAAGAACAUUUUAGUAUUGAAAAUUUUAUUCAACAACUUAUUUCCAAACCAUUGAUAGAUCGAGAUAAUAGUGAUUUAACUGAACAUAUUACAAUAGUAACAAAAGUAAUGAUAUUUACACGAACAUCUCCAUAUAUAAUCGGUUUAAAUGAACAAUCAACCGAUACAUUAUUCACUAGUUAUAACAAUAAUGAAAAGAUCGAUCUUCUAAAUUUGAAUACAAUCGAAAGUUCUGUUGAAUUAGAAGAAAGGUUUCAAAAUUUUGAAAAUGAUACAAAUAAAAUUGUCUUUAUGGUAAUAAUAGAUGGUCGCAUAGGGCAUCAACACGUGCAUAUUCCAUUUGUUCGACAACUUGUCGAUAAAAGCGAAUAUUUAUGCAAUGUAGUCAAACGAAAUCGACAAAAAUAUUUUCUUAUUCUUGUUCAUUCACCGGCACAAGAACUAUAUCAUCAAUCAAGUUUUCAAUCGAUUUUUCUACAUAAUUGGGAAUUUUAUUUCUUUGAUACAUGUGCAUCUGGUAGUGCAUUUCAUCUUCAAAAAAUGUUACAAAUUCUCUCGUCAACACACGAUCAAAAAUUAGAAUCAUUCGAUAACAUUUUAUGCGAUUUAAACAUUCUAUUUGAUGAUUGUCUAUGGGAUUUUUGUUCACGAAUUCAAAAUAUGCUUCCAGAAUUAUCACAUGAUGCAUUCAAAAAUGAAUUAGCUUAUACAUUCUAUCAACAUCAAACAAGUACAAUUCGUCGUGUAAAAUGUUUGAAACAAAUUCUUAAACAAUGUACACAAUUACAAACACAUAUUGUCAAUAUUUAUCAUGAAAGUUUAUCAAUACAGAAGAAUUCGUCAGAAAAGAUCUAUAAGAUGAUUUAUGAUAUUUCUAAAGACAUCCUAUGUGGUAAACGUUUCGAUGGUCUUGUCAAUUCGAUUCAAUCUCAAACACGAAUUUCAUUUGCAAAUUUUGUUUCAAAUAUUUUCAAAUUUAUUAUUAAUGACUAUGGUCUUGAUACACUAUUAAAAUUAUCAACAACGAACACUGGUUAUGACUCAUUAUUGAAUUUAAUCGAUUAUUCUUCAUUUAUUGUUAAUAAUAACGAUAAGAAUAUUCUAUCGUCAUCAACAACAAAUGAAGUAAUUCAACUUACUUGUCAUUAUUCGUACAUUCCAGAAACACCAUUAUACUAUUUAAUUCAUCAACGUAUCAAAUCGUGUGCUGAUAAAAUUAAACAAAAAAUACUUCUCGGAGAAAAUGAAUACAAAGGUUCAUAA